AUGGACGACCCACACACGCCAUUGCUAGAGUCAACGACUGGUUACGAUGUUCAAACUCCUUCUAUACUGAAACACAAGCCUCCACCCAGACAUAGCAGACUAAACAACCCAUGUGUUGCCAUACCCGACAAGACAGAUGUAGAUGUACAAGUUGGCUUGAGGUUAAAGGUCUACAGCAGACGGUGGUACAUCCUCAUCGCCUAUGCGUUCAUGGUCGGUCUACAAUCUCUGGUCUGGAACACGUUCCAGCCUAUUUCCAAAACAGCCAUGUUUGCCUUUGAGUGGACACGGACAGACAUCACUGUCAUCGCCAACUGGGGUCCCAUCAUGUUCUUCUUCUUCAUGCCCUUGUACUCGUGGCUGCUGGACACUAAAGGUUUGAGAGUGUCGUGUCUUCUCGGGCUCUUCUCCAUCACACUAGGGUGUGCCAUCAGGUGUAUUACUUCAGACCCCCCUUGGGUCAGAUGGACAAUGCACCUAGGACAACUGUGUAAUGGCCUGGCUAGCCCUGUGAGUACUGCAGCGCCCCCUGUGUUGUCCUCGCUCUGGUUUCCCCCUCAUGAACGUACCACCGCCACCGCCCUCGCCGCCAUGUCAAAGUUUGUAGCCCUGGCUGGGUCCUUCAUUGUAGAUCCACCAGUUACAGAAUUAAGGGCGGAUAUUAUGCACCUGAUGUACAGUGAGGCUGGCGUCGCUGUAUUGCUGACGUUGAUUGUAUUGCUGUACUUCCCGAGACGUCCACCAUUGCCACCCAGUGCAUCUGCUGCCAUCAGGAGGGAAGGUUUCUUACAGGGUCUGAAAGACCUCCGACAUCACCCUAGUUUCUGGCUUCUGUCGUGUCUCUACAUGAUAUCCGGGGGGAGCAGCGCCGCCUGGGUGGGGACCCUCAGUCUCAACCUGAAGCCCACGGGCGUCACCCAGAAGCAGGCCGGCUGGAUCGGCUUCUACUCUUUUGUGGCAAUGUGUGUCUCAGUUCUACUCACAGCAAGACUGGGUGACAGGUUUCCCCGCCACAUGAAGUGGUUUAUCUCUGGCCUCAGUCUCAUCACGGCCUGCUGCUUCCUACCCGUCACCAUGGCAUGCACUAAAGUCAUCACCUUGUCACUCCGUGAGUACACCCUCCCCGUCACCAUGGCAUGCACUAAAGUCAUCACCUUGUCACUCCGUGAGUACACCUCCCCCGUCACCAUGGCAUGCACUAAAGUCAUCACCUUGUCACUCCGUGAGUACACCCUCCCCAUCACCAUGGCAUGCACUAAAGUCAUCACCUUGUCACUCCGUGAGUACACCUCCCGUCACCAUGGCAUGCACUAA